AUGACUCGACGUUGGAAGCCGAAGUGCGCACGCCAUGCCCAGACGACCUGUGACCACUCGGCCCAUAGGCUACUCUUGUACCGCGACAUCUUACCCACGGAGCUGUGGCACAUCGUAUUUUCCUACUGCGUACCAACUACUCUGUUCGCUGUUCGCGAUACUUGCCGCCUAUUCCGCGCCAUCGUCGACCGCGAGGACGGAAAACUAUUGGCUCACGCGCCGCUCCUGCUCCCCUAUCCCCCUCCGGACCCGCGGUGGUUGCUGCGUAUCGUCAACCACCCCGGAAAGAGCAAGGCUCUAUGCGAGUUCUUCGGCAUCAUGGACCCACGAAAGCCGGGACGGUAUGGAAGCGCCAGAUACACCAAUUUGUUGUUCCGAUCCGGGCGAUGCAAUAUCUGCAAUAUCUGGACGCCAGGUCCGCCCGAAUGGAUUCAUAGCAAGCUGUAUUUCUGCUCCAAGCGCUGCAAGCUGAUAUUCUUUCGCUCGGAAGUUACCUUCCUUCUGCCUCAGUUCAACUACCUGCCAGCUCGGUCCUCGAUGCCCGAAGUUGACCGCCAUAUCGUAUCGUGGCUACCUCAGCUCUCCAUGUCUUCCGACCUAGAAUGGAGAGACCAGAAGACGCAGGCUGUUCUGGUCAACGACUUAAUUAAGGCGCGGGAAGAGUAUCAGAACGAGGUCUUGUCAGCUCGCGACAACCACGAGCGAACUUUGCGCAGGAAAGCCCUCUUCAAGCGAUACUCGGCACGCUACGACUGGGCGCAGUCGAUGUUCAUGUUCCAAUAUUACAUCGACGAGUGGAUGAGGGAGAUGGACGAAACAAGGCGCAACGUCAGCGCGUGUAACAUCCGCAGAUUGCGUAAAUAUGUCUUGAGGAAGAAUAUUCCAUCCAUACGUGCGAUGCAUCACCCCGAUAUACGCCGUCCUUUGGGUUCGCGUACUCGCGACUUUCGCCGACUCUCCCUGUCAAGCUUGACGAAAGCUAGACUAUACAGCGCCACCUGCAAGAAGCGCGUCUGCACGCAGUGCGGCCUUUCUGUGUCGAAUGCUCGUUACGAACUGCAUGUCAUCAAACGCCAUCCUGGGCAGUUACCUUACAGUCGUCUUAACCUUGAGAUUGGGAAGGCGGAGUACCGAUGCGAAUUAUGCGGGGACCUCCCUCUGAAGUGGCGCACAGCAUACGCGUUGCAGCGGCAUGAGAAGCUUAGACACGGAAUAUGUCACCGCCCGGAAGAGGAAUGGCAGGGCAUCGGUACAUGA